AUAGAAGAAAAUCAGGGGGGGAAAAAGCUCAUGACGAACGAGUAUAACAAUUGUUUCGUGACUUUCGUCCCCCAUCACCAGUCCACUGCGCCAUUCUCUCUCUUUCCACUUAUUUUAAGAUUUCAGUCACAAAAAGAUUCAAUUCUUUUCAUUCCUCUAGUCCCCCCUGAUUUAUUUUCCUAUCAAAUUACCGACGGUACUACUUGUCAUUCUGGAUGAGGAAUAUUUCCUGGGUUUUGCAGAUCAUGCCCAGAUCUUGUUAGUUCAUGAUCUAGCUGAAAAAUUUUGGAAUCCUUGAAUGGAAAGGAAAGCUAGAUGUCAAUCCCUGUAGGCAUGUAUCCUGUACACUAAGUGGAAAAGAUAGUAGCUUGUAAAGAACUGAUUGUGGUUCAAACUAUAUUGAUGGUAGGGUUGCCUCAUGUUGUGCACAUUCUUCGCAGUUGAUGAUUGUUUUCUAUUGUAUUUUCAUUGGGAUUGUGAUUUCAAGUUCUAGUGAUGAUUAAAAAUAUACUCAAUAAGCUCCCACGGAAACAAGGGAAGUUGGUAGAAAAUCGUGAUGGAAGAUCCUCUACUUUCUCUUCGAAUGUUUCAACUGCUUCGAGAAACAAUAAUACCCCAGGUUCCCGGUCAGGCAAUUCAAAUGCUGGAUCUCAUUCAGGGAUCAAUUCAACUUUGAAUUCCAGCGUAAAUCAUGGAAAUAAACUUCCCCACAUUUUAAAUAUGAAGGAGAAUGGGAAUACAGGAGUUUUACCUUAUGAAUUGCUGCCCAGUUUUAAAGAUGUCCCAAAUGUGGAGAAGCAAAACUUGUUAAUCGAAAAGCUGAAUUUGUGUUGUGUGGUAUUUGACUUCACUGACCCAACAAAGAAUUUGAAAGAAAAAGACAUCAAACGGCAAACCUUAGAGGAUAUUGUUGACUACAUCACUUCCGCAAAAGGGAAAUUCCCAGAAACUGUUAUGCAAGAGAUAGUAAGAAUGGUAUCCAUAAAUUUGUUUCGGACACUCUAUACACAGCCUCGUGAAAAGAAAGUCUUAGAAGCCUUCAAUUUGGAAGAAGAUGAACCCUUGAUGGACCCUGCAUGGUCCCACUUGCAAAUCGUCCAUGAAUUCCUUCUCAGGUUUGUGGCUUCACCAGAGACUGAUGCAAAGCUGGCUAAGCGGUAUAUAGAUCACUUUUUUGUUCUGAGGUUAUUAGAUCUCUUUGAUUCAGAAGAUCCCAGAGAAAGGGAGUAUCUGAAGACUGUUCUGCACCGUAUAUAUGGAAAAUUCAUGGUGCACCGUCCAUUCAUUAGAAAAGCAAUCAAUAAUAUAUUUUACCGUUUUAUUUUCGAAACCGAGAAGCAUAAUGGAAUUGCAGAACUAUUAGAAAUUUUGGGCAGUAUUAUAAAUGGGUUUGCUUUGCCAUUGAAAGAAGAGCACAAACUUUUCCUUGUUAGGGUGCUUAUUCCGCUUCACAAACCAAAGUGUGUGCCCACCUACCAUCAGCAACUAUCUUAUUGCAUCACACUAUUUGUGGAAAAGGACUGCAAACUUGCUGAUACUGUCAUAAGGGGCCUAUUGAAAUAUUGGCCAAUCACAAACAGUUCAAAGGAGGUUAUGUUCUUAGGUGAACUGGAGGAAGUCUUGGAAGCAACUCAGCCUCCAGAGUUCCAGCGCUGUAUGGUUCCUUUGUUCCGCCAGAUUUGUCAUUGCCUUUGCAGUUCACAUUUUCAGAUCUUGUUUCUUCAGGUGGCAGAGAGGGCUUUUUUUUUAUGGAACAAUGAUCAUAUUGAGAAUCUGAUCAAACAAAAUCGUGAAGUUAUUUUGCCGAUUAUCUUCCCUGCCUUCGAGAAGAAUGCAAGAAACCACUGGAAUCAGGCAGUGAAGAGCUUGACACUAAAUGUUCAGAAGAUCUUCUCUGAUACCGAUCCCGAGCUCUUUGAGGAGUGCUUGCUUAAGUACCAAGAAGAUGAAGCACAAGAAGAAGAAAUCAAAAUACAGCGUGAAGCCGCUUGGAAGCACUUAGAAGAUAUUGCUGCUGUGAAAGUUUCAAUUAACAAACCUGUGCUCGUAUCUCACAGGAUAAGCACAAACCCAUUGUCUGGCUAGAAACUGCGGGACCUAUGAUCGACUUAUUACCAUCUCGACCUGCUCAUUGUAGUGCUGAGUCCUGCAUAAGAAUACAUAGAGUGGGACUGGAGGUGCAACUAUGAAACUGGAAUUUGAUAAAGGCUCACUAGCUCCUAUUAUUGAGCUUCUGGUUUUUGCCCAUCAAGCGAACAGGGUGACGGUCACUGCUCCCAACCAUGUUUGGAUUUUGAGACAAUGGUUGUACAUAUAUAAUUGGGUGACAAAGAACUGGAAGUUGAAGGUUUGCAUUGCACUGUUACAUCGAAGAAAUUUGGUACUGAUUUUGGCUUUUCUUGUUAGAUCAUAGAAUAAUAUUGUUAAAAUUAACAUUUUUGCUGGACAACUUUGAGCUGGGUUUGCCUGGCAUGAAAUGGUAUUUUAGAAUCAAUUUAUGUAUAGAGCAUUUUUGACUGCUCUUAAAAGUAAAUCAAACUUAUUUUAUGGGCGCGUUUUAUACUAACUAUGCAAAAUACGAGAAAGCAGAGGCUUCUAAUGUAUUCAUA